UAAUACCUAAAUAUAGAACGCACCCUUUUUUUCAUGGCGUCGCCUCUCACUGUGUCAACUGGUCUCCGAAAUGUGGCGAAUACUUCUAUUUUCCUGUCAUCUUGUGAUGAUAAUAUUUCUAAAUGUUUCAUUUCACAAGUGCGAGGAGAGUUCCGCUUGUCCAAAAGAUCAUUACACGGGAAAUAAUUCUCGCUGUCAACCGUGUACACAGUGCAGCGAUGGGUUCAUGCUGGUCGAAUCUUGUACAAACCAAUCAGAUACGGUUUGCAGGUCAUGUGACCUUGGAACUUAUUCCACCGGGGGAUUUAAAUGUCAAAACUGUUCCCAGUGUCAACCGGGAACCUAUGUGUCGCGCCACUGUACUUUGACCUCUGACACGCAAUGCCAACCGUGUGCCAAAAACAUGUACUCUUCUGAUUGGUCAGCUGGAUUCUGCAUGCCGUGCAGUAGAUGUAGCAGGGCAAUGACGGUGGAGAGGAACUGUAGCAAGACCCAUGACUACAAGUGCGGAGAUUGUAUCGAAGGCUACUACCGCCACCCGAACCUGCCCAGCACGUGCAUCAAGUGUUCCUACUGCUACCCCGACCACCCGGGGGCCACUGUGGUGGUGGACGAGUGCCUCACCAAGAGCCGGGACCCCACCAUGACGUGUAUGCCUCUACUUGGAGGGUGGCCUUUGAAGUCUUAUGGGACGCAAGCCAAGAACCGAAAAUCUGCUACGACAUCCUUACCAGCAUCGCCUCCAACGAUACCUACAGUGCACAUGAUUUCGUCUGCGCCAUUUCUUUAUGACGAGUCUUACAGCGUCCCUAUACCCCCUAACGUCGCUAUAAUUAUAAUCAUUGUCUGUAUUAUAUUAAUCAUCAUCAUACUUGCGAUAUUUUGUACACUUCACAAACGUAAACAGUUACCCAAAAAAUCUGAAACCUUAAGUUUCCUCAGUCAAAUGUGUCAUUGUAAAAAUUCCGAUUUGAAAAUGAAAGAUGGUAAAGAAAUCCCCCCGUACACCCAGAAAUCUAAGCAGGUCGAGUUUGUCAUUACGCAUGAACCAGGAUCUAAUAACGACGCUAGGGGUAGAGCACGUACCUUCGAUGAUGAAGUUCCUAUGGUGUCUUGCAGCCAGUGUCUCAUUCAUUACGGUAUAGGCGGUGGAUUGGAUUCAAAUGAAGCCACGAUUGGUCAGAAUAAUGCACGUGACGAACCUCCAGUACGGGAAACAUACACAGUUGAGAUAGACGUUGUAGAACGAUCUCAUCCAAGCCCAGUGAAUAAGCUUCCAAAAGACUCUAAAGCUAAUGGGAUUUCUGACAGUGGACAUGACCUCACAGAUGCCUCAAAUCACGAAUGCGGAACUGAGAAUUCGGGUAAUUCUGUAGAAAAGAGAACAUCGUUAGCUGACAAUAACGGCUUUGAACGUGAAGAAACUUCAGUGACUCAACCCUCUCCUCCCGUAUCGAUUCAAGAGAAGGACGAGAAGCACCAAGGAGAAGGUAGCCAGGGAGCCUCCGAACCGCUAGUAGUACCAGCUAACAAGACGCUGAUGAGCCUAACACGAUCUUCAGAUGUUGGAAGCUACGAUUCAGAUGACGGUGGUCUUUCUUGUGUCCAACCAGAGUCGGUAAUGAUAUCUAGUUUGAAUGCUACUAUAGUACCUACACGACUCGCCCAGCGCAUGGACAGAGGUAUAGCAGAGGGCGGAACAGAUACGGAUAGGGCUGAGAAUGUAUCACGCCAUUGCGGCAGUGCUGAGAACGUUUCAGACCAUCGUGGCAGGGCUCCCCAGGCCGAUUUGUGUCGAGCUCCAGAUGCCCUCAACCCUCGAGGUCUCCAGCGUCUGAUGAGUAGUAGAGGGGAUGCAGGUAGCGACAGUGAUGGGUCGUCCCCGCGGUCAGCCAUGUCCAGUGACUACGACUCUGACGUUGUGGUCAACAGGACCUUGCUGGGCAGAGGUCAGAGCAGGUCUGCUUCUGGAGAGCGUCGUCGAGGACGGGUGAAGAAGAAAACGAAACGGCACUCUAAUCAGGGAGUACGGUGAUUUAACACCAACAGUGGAAUAAUGGAGCCCUACUCCAAACUUGACACAUUUACCCCCAGGCUUGAUUUAACAACGUUUCAUUUUAAGAGCUCUUCUCAACUACAUGUUCUUGUGUAAAUCACAUUGGACUUUACCAUGUUUACUAUACCACAAAAUGGGGGCGGUCGGGUAGCCCAGUGGUUAAAGCGUUCGCUCGUCACGCCGUCAUGUUCGAAUCCCGACGUGGGUACAUGUGAAGCUCAUUUCUGGUGUCCCCCGCCGUGAUAUUGCUGGAAUAUUGCUAAAAGCGGCGUAAAACCAUAUCCACUCAUGUACUGCCACAUUUAAAUGGCGUUCUGUGAUAAAUACUUUUUUCUAAAGCCAACUCAACACACUCACUGACUCUUACACGAAUAAGUAAACAUAAAUCGCAUCAAAGGUACAUAUGCUUAAUUAUUUUAACCAUUCAUGUAUUUUGUAUAGAAUCUAUAAGAAAAUAAAUCCAAUAGAUCUCUGUG